AGAGGAACUCCGAAUAUCGCAAAAUGGAUCUGCAUCCACCUUCUGGAGAGAAUUAUGCUCAUCCUCAGAUAUGCUUCUUUCACGUGCUUUUUAAGGGUGCUGCCUUGGCAUUUUAUAUUCUUUCAGCUCUAUUUUGUGGAUAGUUUUGUGAUCAUAUUUGUGGUCACUGUACUUCUUGCUGCACUCGACUUUUGGGUUGUCAAGAAUGUAAGUGGUCGUAUCUUGGUGGGCCUUAGGUGGUGGAAUGAGAUUAAUGAUAAUGGUGAAAGUGUGUGGAAAUUCGAAUGCCUUGACCAAGAGUCUAUGGCUCGAAUGAACAAGAAGGAUUCAUGGCUUUUCUGGUGGACCUUAUACCUUACAGCCGUCGCGUGGAUCUUUUUUGCUAUUUUCUCUCUGAUUAGAUUUCAAGCUGAUUAUCUUCUUGUUGUUGAUGUAUGCUUGACCCUUAGCAUCGCAAAUAUCAUUGGCUUUACUCGAUGCCGCAAAGAUGCUAAGAAGCAACUUCAAGCAUUUGCCACACAAACAAUUGCUUCUCGUGUAUCGUCGACCAUUCAAGAUGGCAAUAUUAUUGUGCUCAUUUCUAGUUGCAAGACGACUCAAGGAUCUGCUUUGCUUUUCUCCUUUCGUAUUGUUGUGAGGGAAACUUCUGUUUCCUUACCAUGA